UCUCUCUUCUUAGCAGUGUAGAUGAGAGUUGAAAGGGAACCUGAUUACGAAACCCUCCGUUCAAUUCAAUACGCGAAAUUAAGAAUUGGGAGCAGGAAAGCAUGGCUUGUUCUUUCUUUUCGGAUGUAAACUCAGUGAACUCUGCCUCACUCGAACACAUUCCAUUGACACAACGCCGAAAAUUCUUUCAUUCCCACUCCCCAACUCUCAAAAACCACCGUCCGAAACCCUUCGCGGCCCCCCUUGAUGCUGUUGUGAAAAAAGAAUACGGGGAUUGCGAUUUACAGGUAUCAUGUCCUACAAUUCAAACUGAUGCUUGUAGAGCGGAGAAAAGAAGUGUUAACAUCAACAUUUUACCCCAACAUCAAACACUUUGUGAUGUUACUGACACUUUAAAGGUUGAAGAUUCUGAGGUUCUUUCGAGAUCUGUUGAUAAUUGUGAAAAAACAUCUCUUCAAUCAGUUUUUCCUGCCCCAAAGGUGAAAAAGGAGAUUUCUGAAAGCAUUGCUGAUGAUCUAGAUCAUAUUGUUUUGAAAGAACGUCAAAGGAUGCUGCUAGCUAGGAAGCUUCCAGGAUUUUCAAAUCAAGCUUUUGAGGUAAAUGAAGAGAUUUAUUCAGCUGAUGGGAAAAUGACAGUAGCCAGAGAUCAGUGUCAUGACCUUACAAAAGGAAGUAAUACUUCACUAUUUGAGUUACCACUUGGGGCCACUUCUGGAUCAUCUUUGUCAACUGAUUAUGCCUCACCUAAAUCAACAAAAUCAGUAAUUUCAGCAGGUCUUCAAGAACAUGAUCAUAUAUUCAAAUCCAGAGGAAUGAUCACGCAAUUCGAUUCACGCAAGGAUCAAGGUGUUAUGCCUAUAAACAAUGAUGGCCCAAGUACUUCAACUUGUCCAAUCUCUUUCAAAAUCAAGGAUGAACCUUGGGAUAACAUUGAAAUUCACAAUGUUAACAGGGAUGCUAUGGGUAGCAUUUCCGUUGAACUCCCCAAUGUAAAAAGUGAAUGGGAAGUCCAUAGUGAAUAUCAAGAUGAUCAAGUGGAACAUAUGAGCUUAAUUGAUCGACUAAAUUUUCUAAUGUCUGGAGAGGAUUCUAGUUUAAAUAUUUCUACAAGUUCCUCAUUUUUGAAAAAGACUAAGCCUUCUUCCUUUGUAUCGAGCUCUAUUUUCUCAGAAUCUGCAGAACCUUUAAGCAUCAAGUGUCCACGUAAAAGAAAAAAAACAGCCACUGAUUCAGUUCAAACAGCACUUGAGGAGGAUGCUCCUGGGCUUCUGAAGGUAUUACUCGACAAAGGUGUAGUAGUAGAUGAAAUUAAGCUUUAUGGAGAGGCAGAUGAUGAUGAAGCUCUGGAUGAAUCAUUUUGUGAAGAUAGCUUUUCAGAGCUUGAGGCUGUGAUAGCAAAGAUUUUCUCUAAGAGCCACUCUUUCUUAAAAUUCCCCAUUAUUCGUGCUGGAAAGGCUUCGAGAGCGAGUUAUUGCUUAGCUUGUCUAAUCUCACUUGUGGAGCAGACACGAUAUUUGAAGUUUCGAAAAUGGCCUGUUGAGUGGGGUUGGUGCCGAGACCUCCAAUCCUUUAUUUUUGUAUUUGAGAGACAUAACAGGAUAGUGCUGGAACGCCCCGAAUAUGGUUAUGCAACCUACUUCUUUGAGCUGGUAGAAUCCUUACCUGUUGAAUGGCAGAUCAAGCGGUUGGUGAUUGCUAUGAAACUAACUACCUGUAGCAGGAUUUCUCUUAUUGAGAACAAAGAAUUAUUGGUUGGAGAAGAUUUGACUGAAGGUGAGGCAAAGGUGUUAAUGGAAUAUGGUUGGACACCAAAUAGUGGCCUGGGAACCAUGCUUAACUACUGUGACAGAGUUAUGCAUGAUAGAAAAAAUGAGGACAGUUCAUAUUGGCGAUCUAAAAUAGGGAAGUUGCUGAUGGAUGGUUAUAACGGUGGAACCAUAGUGACACCCAACAUCCCAAAAAAAGUUGUAGAAUACAGGUGUGCUCAAUUCCCUAACAAAAGCUCUAGUAGCCCAAUGUCUGAUUAGAGGUUAGCAGCUUGUGCAGAAAGUGUUUUUCUUAUGUAUGCAUGUUGUAUUUAUAUGGUUGGUUACCUUUGUCAUGAACCAGAACAUAUCCUUUUAAAGGAAUACAUGCUUUACUAUUAUUAUUUAGAUAUAUAUC